AUAGAACUUUGACCAGCUCAAAUAGACCUGUCCAAAGCCAACCACAGGGAUAUGGCUCAACUCAUUACUGGCACCGAUUUGGCUCGCCAAUUCAAAUCGGCAGUUAAGGAAAAUGUCACAAAUAUUCAAAAACGCGAUCCCCAGUUCGCACCUACACUUAUUAUCGUGCAAGUCGGUGCUCGCCCCGACUCCAAUGUUUACGUUCGCAUGAAGCGCAAGGCUUCUGAAGAGACUGGUAUUCGUUGCGUUCACAAGAACUUUGCUGAAGAUGUAAAUGAAUACGAGCUCCUCCAGGCUAUUGAAGGUUUUAACAAUGAUCCUUCCGUCCACGGUAUCAUUGUCCAGCUGCCUCUUCCAUCCCAAUUGAAUGAGCAAACAAUCACUGAAGCUGUUUCUCCUGAGAAGGAUGUUGACGGCUUCUGUGAGGCUAACUUGGGCAAGCUCGCCAAACGUGGUUGUGAACCCUCUUUUGUUGCAUGCACACCACGGGGUGUUAUGGAAUUGUUGAAGCAUUACAACGUUUCAUUGUCUGGCAAAAAUGCUGUUGUCAUUGGACGCAGCAACAUUGUUGGACGUCCCAUGUCCGUUUUGUUGGAGCGUGCCAAUUGUACUGUUACGCUGUGUCACAGCAAGACUGCUGACAUCGCCCAAUUCACGAAGACCGCUGACAUCGUCGUUGCUGCUGUCGGCAUUCCUCGUUUCGUCAAGGCUGAGUGGUUGAAGCCCGGCUGUGUUGUAAUUGAUGUUGGUAUCAACUACAUUCCCGACGCAACCAAGAAGAGUGGCUCUCGCCUGGUUGGUGAUGUCGAUUUUGACAAUGCUGUCAAGGUCGCUGGUGCCAUUACGCCCGUUCCUGGUUCGGUUGGUCCUAUGACUGUUGCCAUGUUGAUGCAAAAUGUUUACGAGUCUGCUUUGCGCUUCCGUGCAAUUGCUCGUCAACACAAUGUCUCUCUGUUGCCCUUGAAGCUUCAAGACCCCGUUCCCAGUGACAUUGAGGCUGCACGUUCCCAGACCCCCAAGCAUAUUGCCAAGCUUGCCUCUGAGAUCGGCAUCAGUGCUUCUGAGCUUGAACUCUACGGCCCUUACAAGGGUAAGGUUAACUUGAACAUUCUUAAGAGACUCAACCACCGUAAGGACGGCCAUUACGUUGUUGUUACCGGUAUUACCCCGACUCCUUUUGGUGAGGGUAAGAGUACUGUUACUGCUGGUCUUGUCCAGGCGCUCUCGCACCUCGACAAGCUUGCUAUUGCUUGUGUUCGUCAACCCUCUCAGGGUCCCACCUUUGGUAUCAAGGGUGGUGCUGCCGGAGGUGGAUAUGCUCAGUUUAUUCCUAUGGAGGAAUUCAACCUUCAUUUGACUGGUGACAUUCAUGCUAUCACUGCAGCAAACAACCUUCUCGCUGCCGCCAUUGAUACUCGUAUGUUCCAUGAGAGCACUCAAAAGGAUGCCGACCUGUUCAACAGACUUGUUCCUGCUAAGAAGGGUGUUCGCGAGUUCAGUCCUGUUAUGUUCUACCGCUUGAAGAAGCUUGGUAUUAACAAGACGAACCCUGAUGACUUGACUCCUGAGGAGAAGACCAAGUUUGCUCGUCUUGAUAUUGAUCCCGAUACCAUCACCUGGCACCGUACUCUUGAUGUCAACGAUCGGUUCUUGCGUAAGAUUACCGUUGGUCAAAACCCUACUGAAAAGGGUCGCACUCGCGAAACCGGCUUCGAUAUCUCUGUUGCCAGUGAGUGUAUGUCCGUUUUGGCACUUAGUAAGGACCUCAAGGAUAUGCGUGAGCGUCUUGGACGUAUGGUUGUCGCCAGCAGCAAGACUGGUGAAGCCAUUACUGCUGACGACCUUGGUGUCGGCGGUGCUUUGGCUGUGUUGAUGAAGGACGCCAUUAAACCCAAUCUCAUGCAAACCAUUGAAGGCACGCCUGCUCUCGUUCACGCUGGUCCCUUUGCCAACAUCAGUAUCGGUGCCUCUUCCAUUCUUGCCGACAGAAUCGCGUUGAAGAUUGCUGGUACCGAAGCUGACGAGGACCCCAAGAAGGAUGCCGGUUACGUCGUUACUGAAGCUGGUUUCGCUUCCGACAUUGGCAUGGAGAAGUUCUUCAACAUUAAAUGUCGUAACUCUGGCCUUGUUCCUGGUGCCGUUGUGCUGGUUGCUACGGUUAAAGCUCUCAAGUUGCACGGUGGCGGACCUUCUGUCAGUCCCGGCAAGCCCCUCCCCGAUGUUUACUUGCGCGAGGAUGUUGAGCUCGUGCGCAAGGGUUGCUCCAACUUGAAGAAGCACAUUGAAAACGCUCGCAAGUUUGGUCUCCCCGUUGUUGUCGCUAUUAACAAGUAUGUCUCCGACACUGCCGCUGAAGUCGCCGCUAUCCGUGAGGAGGCUCUCGCCGCUGGUGCUAGCGAUGCAGUCGUUUCAAACCACUGGGCCGAGGGUGGAAAGGGUGCCUUGGAUUUGGCCAAGGCCUUGAUUCACGCCUGCGAGAAUGAGGAGCACAACUUCCACUUCACCUAUGAUUUGGAUCUUCCUAUUGAAAAGAAGAUUGAAAUUAUUGCCAAGGAGAUGUACGGUGCUGACGGUAUUGAGCUUAGUCCUUUGGCUCAAGAGCGUAUGCAACGGUUCAAGGAGCAAGGCUACAACAACUUGCCCAUCUGUAUUGCCAAGACCCAAUACAGUUUGUCUCACGAUCCCGAUUUGAAGGGCGCUCCUACUGGCUUUACAGUCCCCAUCCGCGACAUGCGUUUGAGUGCUGGUGCCGGCUUCAUUUACCCCUUGGCUGCUGCCAUCAUGACGAUUCCCGGUCUUCCCACCAGACCUGCUUACUACAACAUUGAUCUCGAUGAGAAUGAGAACAUUGUUGGUUUGAUGUAAGUCGAUGUCCUUCCGCAAUUCCAAGCUCCCCUCUUCUUCCCUGACAGCGGCGUGACAACGGGACACAGUGGAGCCUCUGUGCUUACUUUAUUCACCUAAACACACGAGCUUUUUGAUAGUUGGAGUCGGACGUUUCACCCUGACUCUAGCGACCUGAACGCUUCUUAAGAAGUUGCGUAUCUUCACGCCCGCACGCAUCGUCUGCAUAGCACUACUUUUUUUUACUGUUUUGCUGACGUAUCUUUAUCACCAAAUUCAUUCCCGUCUUAGACAGCUUUCGUCUUUUUGUUCUAAGC